AGGGAAAGAAGGGAUUGGAUCUCAAAACUGACUUAGGAGCAGAGUUCAAAGAAGUUCUGUGAAAAUGGGAUUAAGAAAUUUAAAAUUUGGUGCAACAAGAAAGUCCUGAAAAUCCAUUCACUUUUCAUAGUAUGCAUUUCCCAAGAAGUUUUUGAGGAAUCCUUGCUCAUACAUGGAUUUUAAAAUUAGAAAUUAAGCUAAGCAUUUCUUGAUGUGUUUCUUUCCAUUUGGGUUUCUAAAGGAUUUUUGAAAAUAUCUAUGAACUUACUUUGGAAUAAAUUUUAUUUUCUCCACCUUCUCUUUGCAGGUUCUGUCACUACAUCAACUGCCACUACUGAAUCUUCAAACUUAACUGACUCUCCUACUAAACAUCCAACUUCCACACCAGCACUAAGAAAUCAACUUAAUCAUGCAUUGUCAGAACCAGUGAUAAUACCCAUUAUUCUGGGAGUGAUUGCUGGGAUCGUUGGCACUAUCGUCCUUAUUUCUUUCUGUAUUGGCCGACUGACAAAGAGCUCAUUUGACAUACAACUUUCCUCCUCACAGGGUCCAAACAUGGCUUCACAUUCUAUUGAAGUAGAAAUUCCAGAAAACUAACCAAUGGAAAUCUGCUCAUUCAAACAAAUAUUUGCAAAAAAUCAGAGAAGACAUUAGACUCAGUUAAAUGAAAAAUGAAUGUGUUAAUUGGACAUUCCAGCGUCAUGUGCUUCCCUAAACUUACGAUUUCAGAAUGUAAAUUUCAUCGUCACAACUGCUGGUGAUGCUACAAUGAAAACAGAUCUCCGCUCACUAACACUUCAAGAUAGAACUUUUUUGCAUGCUUGUUUCUGUGUUAAUAUAAUUUUUUUAAUAAUCAUGAUUGGAAAUUCUCGGCAGAAAUUUCAGAAUUCAUCGGUUGGUUCUUAAGAUUACCUUAUUUUGUACUACUGGAUUUUAAUUAUGGUGCUAUAAAAUGAAGGUUUUGUAA